AAACUCAUUCCGUUUCUUCAGGUACAACCAUAUAUGGCCCUUCGAGCAUGCUCGUGUUCGGCUUCAUGAUGUCCGUCACCGAGGGUCACAUCCAGGGUAUAGCCCCAAGCGAGACAAGGACGACAAGAAAAAAGUCGCUUCCGGCCGUGCAGCUAUUGGGACGACCGGCUCCGAAUCGAGUACCACGUUUCCAUAUUCGCCAGAAUCCCAAUUCGCCUUACUUUCAGCAGCUCCAUCGCCAAACGUACCGGAAGAUGACCGGAAUAUGCUUAUGAGCAUCGAUAUAAAUCCCACAUGUACGGCAUCAUCGUCAGGUAUGCCGCCUCCGUCUUUUGUGCCGAUGACGCCGUUCUAUUCGCAAUCCGCUUUCCACACACCGCUCUCCAUGCCCGUGACACCUUUUGGCCCUCCCUCGUCUACUCUGACGCGCGGGGGUAUAUCUAUGACAUCCUUCCAUUCAUUUCCACGCAGUAGUGGCGGCGGACGUGACGCCUACUUCCCAGCCUUCCCUUCUUCAGAAAAUUCGCAGAUCCCUCCGAUUCCAGAAGACGCACUGCUAUUCCCGCCUCGGCUGGACACGCGCGCGCAACAACGAUCGGGAGAUUUUCUGUCACCGUCUAGUUUGAGUACUCUGCCAAGAUCGCCUCAGAGUGCAGGGCCCAAAACCGUCUCACCAUUGGUCAUACCCUCUUACACACCCCUUGGGUAUCAACGGGAGAUGUUCAACUUGACGUUGCCCUGUGGACCUAUCAGCCAAGGACCGACUUCGGCCACGAGCACGAUUUUGCCACAAUUCAACAUGACGGUGGUCUCUCCGAAAGAUACACCACGCGACCCCUCACCCGUAGAUGAUUACGUCAACGCGUCAUAUGUGCAGCCCUUGGGCACGCGUAAACGUUAUAUCGCUACGCAAGGCCCGUUACCUGCGACAUUCGUUGAUUUUUGGACUCUCGUCUGGGAACAGAACGUUCAUGUAAUCGUCAUGCUCACGCGCGAGAUUGAGAAUGCCAUGGUCAAAUGUGGGACGUACUGGGUAGAGUCAUCCUAUGGACCUCUUCAGUUACAGCUCCUCGACACCUCCCCGCCCAUCUCACCUUCUGUUUCCUCCAACAGCUCCGCUGACAUUGGGUUCUUCAUGUCCCCGCGCGAGCGUGAUAAGGGCUCGACGCAGCCAACUAUGAUCGUGAGGACCUUUGCGCUCAGCCAUCGCGGUUACCCAGGCGUUCCACCUAGAAAAGUGACGCAUCUGCAAUAUCUGGAUUGGCCCGACAUGAAUGUACCUGACGAUCCUCGCGGCGUGCUAGAGCUCAUGAAGCGCGUCGAGCGAGCUGUCCAAGAAAGCACUCCAGGUCCAUCCCCUUCUGGUUAUCAAUCAAACUCCGGCUCCUCCCUCUCACCAUCCUCUGGGUCCCCAGGGCGGAGCUUUGAUUUUAUAUCGCGAGGAGGGUACUUUUUCUCGUCCCCGCCGCUUGGAGAUGCAUAUUCUAGGAAGAAGCAUGGACGCAAGGGGUGGCGGCAUCCUGAUCUUGACUCGAAGACGGGCAUUGCUGCGUUUGCGCUUGGGUCCACCCCGCCUGUGCUGUUGCAUUGCUCGGCGGGUGUGGGCAGGACAGGCGGGUUCAUUGCUGUGGAUGCUGUGUUAGAUGCGAUUAAGAGGGAGUUGAAGCAGAGGAGGGAACUCAGGGCUCGAGCUCAGGCUCGUGUGUGCGUUGCUGUUGGCGCUGUUAUGCAGAGGGGCGAAAGUGUGGUUGCGGAGAGCGGUGGGAUAGAUGUGGUUGCGAAUCAGGUGAAAGAGAAGGAGAUGUUGAAGGAGAAGAUUGUUGGGACUGUCCCUCUCGUCAUAGGCGACCGCAAGAAAUCUCGUCGUCAUUACCCACACAAAGCUACAGCCAAAGAAGGCGAGACGAGCUCUUCGGAGUCGCUUGUCGUGCACGUACCUUUUACAGAAAAUACGGCGGAUCUAGAUACGAGAUGGCAGAACACGAGCUCGUCGACGAGGGAAUGGGCCGAGAAAGUACUGGACCAAACGCACCCCGGCGAAGAAGAACAGGAGACAGAGUUGCCUCCACCUUUGCCCCUCUCGAUGUCUUUGAACUUGCCUACCCCUAGUCGCCAAAGCUCGCCCGGGAGCGCGUCGAAUAGUAGUGAACCGUCUGCGCUGAACUCCGCUGACGAUUCUGUGGGGAGUAAUAGUGGCAGCGGCAUUGGUGUGGACGUCAAGGCAGGGAGCGGGCGGUCCGGUUCCGGCUCUGGAAGCAGUGGUAGUAGCAGCAUCUCGGGAAGUGGUAGUGGUGGGCCCUUCCCACCCUCCUCCUGUGUCUCCAUCUCUCACUCCAGUUCUCAAUCCAAUUCAGUUCCUGACUCGAUCUCCGCCUCCAACUCAGGCUCUGGGGCGAACACAUCCAACUCUGGCUUUUGGGGUAGCACUGGCGCAGAUUCAGGGUUAGUGGGCCUCAUGCGCGCUCGUCUGAGAGACAGCUCAGUGACCUCGCUUUCGAAUUUGAGUUCUGAUUUUUCGAGCGAAAAACUUUCAAGAUCACUGGCCCAGCCGUCGGGAGUGCGUAUUGGCACCGAAGAGGAAGAUGCCAUGGACGUUGAUAGGCCCUCGCAUUCUUCAUAUACAUCGCUGCAACCAGCCAACAGUGGUGGUGUUGUUUCGAACGAGUCCAACGCCCCCCAGGCCGACAAUUCCAAUUUACGUCCCCGGGUACGACAGAUCAUCGGUUCGUCUCCUAUGGCGAGUUCCUCCACGUCCGCACUUCCUACGAUGAGUGGGAUUGGUAGUGGUCCUCUUCUCGAUGGUGAGGACCCUGUUUCGCGCACGAGCUCGAACUCUAGCUCGGACGAACUGUUGAGCCUUUCGAGAAGUUUUGAAAGCGGGAAGAACGCGGAUUUGGAAGCUGCCAGUGGUAAGAGCGGCCUUUUGUCGUCAGAUGAGUCGGAAGAUUCGUCAAGGAAGACGAACAGCAGGUUGAAAGCGGUCGAAACGACCUCUGCCAAUAGUGCUGCACCAGACCAGGAAAUAAUGAUCAAGCCUACCGGUACACCUAUGCAACAUGAGCCCAUCAACAAGACCACUGCAGCGCCAGUUGCUGUUGCGCCGCCGUCAAUACCACCUGUACCUCAGUUCGUCGAGGAGAAGAUCCCUGACGCCGAGCAGGCAUCAUCUGAGUUGGACCAACGUACGGCGGGUUACGCCGUGAUCGACUAUAAGCUUCCACGACAGCUGCAUCAGGAUUUGUCACCCGCACCAUUAAUGUCCCAUACCAAUCCUAUCUGGACGGUCGUUCAAGAUAUGCGCGAGCAGAGGAUGAGUCUUUGCCAGAGCUUGCGACAGUAUGUGUUCGUGCACGCAGCGGUUAUCGAGGGUGCCCUUAUGAUUGUGGACGAGGAGAGAGAGUUGUGGGGAGAAUGUACUGGAAGCGAGGGGAGUCCAGAAUCGGUGAGUGUGUCGAUUAUCAGCGAGGGGAAGGGUAGAUUGGAUGAUGAUGAUGUCUGCAAGACGCCCUCCAGGAACCCCGAUAACAUGGAGAUCCCUAGCACAAGACGCACUCAAGGUUCCCGGACGUGCUCGUUCCCUGUGGUGGACAUUCCGAGCUCGGCUAGUGGCAGCCAGAUGCACCACACGUCCUCGUCGCCGUCGAAGUGGAAACGUGGCCCCAGCCCCACCGAACUACUUAGGGAAGAUAAAUCCGGUACCAUAUCCUUCGCGAAGCGCCCCAGUAUCAAACCCCGGACAUUUAGCGAUGAAAAAGUUCUUACCGUUUUCGAGUUAGCCGCUGGCGCUCCACAAGUUUUGCCAGGUGGAACUGGUGGAGUGUCGAAUAUUGAAAGUGGGAGCACAGGUAUGGGACCUAUGACACCAGAGUGGAGUGGACCAUCUGCCACCGCGAGGUAACGAUCGUGCAACUUUCGAUUGCCGAGAGCCACUAGAAGUAAGUUCGCAUACUGCUUUACCCGUGAUUUGUUCAUGAAUGACUUCAGUUU